AUGGAGAGGGGGCCAGUGGUGGGGGCAGGGCGGGGGGCCGGGGCCCGAAUCCAGGCACUGCUGGGCGGCCUGGUUAAGGUGCUACUCUGGGUGGCCUCUGCCUUACUGUACUUUGGAAGUGAACAGGCCGCCCGCCUCCUCGGCAGCCCCUGCUUACGGCGGCUCUAUCAUGCCUGGCUGGCAGCAGUGGUCAUCUUUGGGCCCCUUCUGCAGUUCCAUGUCAACCCUCGGACUAUCUUCGCCAGUCACGGAAACUUCUUCAACAUAAAGUUCGUGAAUUCAGCAUGGGGCUGGACAUGCACCUUCCUGGGUGGUUUUGUGUUGCUGGUGGUGUUCCUUGCUACACGGCGUGUGGCAGUGACUGCUCGGCACCUCAGCCGGCUGGUGGUGGGGGCAGCUGUGUGGCGAGGGGCGGGCCGGGCCUUCCUGCUCAUCGAGGACCUGACCGGCUCCUGCUUUGAGCCUCUGCCCCAGGGCUUGCUGCUCCAUGAGCUGCCAGAUCGUCGCAGCUGCCUGGCUGCCGGCCACCAGUGGCGGGGCUACACGGUCUCCUCCCACACCUUCCUGCUCACCUUCUGUUGCCUGCUCAUGGCUGAAGAAGCAGCGGUGUUUGCCAAGUACCUGGCCCAUGGGCUGCCUGCUGGCACACCCCUGCGUCUAGUAUUCCUGCUCAAUGUGCUCCUGCUGGGCCUCUGGAACUUCUUACUGCUCUGUACCGUCAUCUACUUCCACCAGUAUACUCACAAGGUGGUGGGUGCUGCAGUGGGCACCUUUGCCUGGUACCUCACCUAUGGCAGCUGGUAUCAUCAGGCCUGGUCUCCAGGGAGCCCAGGCCAUGGGCUCUUCCCUCGCGUCCGCUCCAGCCGCAAGCACAACUGAAAGAAAUAAAGGCACAUCAAGCCUCGC